AUGAAUGUUGACAAACUUUUCAAAAUUCCAUCAAGUUCUAUUCCUAGUGGAAAAAACAAAAGAAAAUUAUCAGCGAAUCCUAACAUAGAAGUAUUGAAAGCACCAGAAGCUUUAGAUAGUACAAGUGUACGUAAAAUGAUUCUCAAAUUCGAAAAAGCCAUAACGAAGAAUCAAGAACUUCGCGUUAAAUAUUCUGAUGAUCCAUCAAAAUUUAUGGAAUCCGAAGCCGAUCUUGAUGAAGAGAUCAAACAUUUAUUAACACUUACCGAAGUACCCGAUCUUUAUCCUUUAGUAGUUCAAUUGGGAGCGGUUACACAUCUCGUUUCACUGUUAAGUCACGAGAAUACAGAUAUUUCUAUAGAUGUAGUAGAAGUAUUAAAUGAAUUAACUGAUGAAGAUGUAGUGGCUGAACAUGAAGAAGAUGCGAUGAAAAUUUUUAUUGAUGCUUUGUUAGAAAAUCAAUUAUUAGAAUUAUUAGUUCAAAAUCUUCAUAGAUUAGAUGAAGAAGAACAAACUGAUAAACAAGGAAUAUUCAAUACUCUUGAGAAAAUAAUAAGUGAUACUAAAUUAUUAGAAUGGAUAUUAGCGAGAAUUAAAGUUAAAGGAUUUGAUUCGAAUAAACAAUAUUGUAGUGAAUUAUUGGCAAUUUUAUUACAAAAUAGUAGAGCUAAUCGACUAAAAUUAGGAGAAUUAAAUGGAAUCGAUGCACUCUUACAAGUUCUUAACGCAUAUAAACGUAAAGAUCCCAAGGAAGUAGAUGAAAUAGAAAUGAUGGAGAAUUUUUUUGAUGCAUUAUGUUCUGGAUUAAACGAACCUGAAAUUAAGCGAAGAUUUUUAGAAGGCGAAGGAGUAGAAUUAAUGCUUAUCAUGAUGAAGGAAAAGAUGAUGUCCAGAAUGCGCGCCAUCAAAGUAUUAGAUUAUGCAUUAUCAACUCCCGAAGGAACCAGUAAUUGUGAACGAUUUGUUGACAUAUUUGGACUAAAAACAUUGUUUUCUACUUUUAUGCGUAAGGGUUUAAAAAAGCUUAAAAAAACAUAUAAGGCUUUUUCCGAGACAGAAGAAGAAGAACAUAUCAUUGGUAUUAUUGUAUCACUAUUGAAAAAUCUUUCGCCAGGAAGUGAUCAUCGAUCACGAUUAAUUAACAAAUUUACUGAAAGUGAAUUUGAAAAAGUUGAUAGAUUAUUAGAAAUGAGAGAGAAUUAUGAACAUAAAGUUGAAAUAAUAGAUAAAGAAAUUGAAGAAGAAAAAAAGGCUUUUGAAGAAGAUGAAGAUUAUGAAAUUAACGAUGAAACAUUAGAUGAAUUUUAUCUAAGAAGAUUAAAUUCAGGUUUAUUCACUUUACAAUUGGUCGAUUUAACGAUCUCGUGGAUUUGUUAUGAAGAACCUCAGAUUAAAGAACAUGUAACGCUUCUUUUAAAUCGUCGAGGUCGUAGCCUAAAUAAUGUGAAAAAUACUUUAGAAGGAAAUUUAAAAUAA